UCAGCACCUUCACGAGUACACCUCCGGUUACACCGCGCAACUCGACCGACGGGCUGCAUGGACGAGGCAAGCGGAGGCUCGUCCAAUGUUUCAUUCGACUCUUAUAAUCGCGCGCUGCGCAAGGGACGGCAUCCCCGGUCGUUUGGCCGAGAGGAUACGUCGACGCUGUGGAACGCGCUAAAAACUUCGGCCGACCGAGUUGCGAACGUUCGGUUUGGCCAAAAGCUGGGUUCUGUCGUGGACAAAGACAACUCGCCGUCCCCUGGCAUGCCCUUGAGUCGAGUGGAUUCUGUCGUGUCGCCACUGCUCCCUGAUGGCAGAGACGAAGGCAGUCCAAGCCACAUGGGUCGCCAGAGCUUUUCUCGCGGCCGGGGCAAACCCCCCGGGACGUACUCAUCGUCGCCCGAGAAGAGAGACGUGCUGCGCCGAAGCAAGAAGAAGCAACAUCACAACGGAAGCUUGGACGACGUCGUGAGGCGCAUUCAGGCCUUGGGGACGACGCCCAUGUCGUCGUCGUCGCCUACCCUCGACCCCAAGGCUGUAUCCGCUGUGCCGGCCGCAACGUCCGGCCAGCCCCCGUCAUCCUCGUCUGCAUCGUCCAACGCGAACGACAUUGACACAGCCAAACUACGCAACGACUUCAGCGCCCAAAGUGACGCGCGGAUAUACUUUGGCAGCACUGUCGCGUUCGAGCUCUUCAACGGUGACAUGAUGAUGGUGUCUGUGGCGGACAGCACGGUCGUGAUCCAUCCGCUUGAGCACAUCAGGCAUCAAGCACGCGGGGCACGGGACAAAUUGCUUUUCACGCUUGUAAACUUGCACGAACUGCGCAGCGCCAAUGCGAUCAAGUAUGGCGACAGCGUAUGGCUGCAAAUCAGUGUCGGGACGGGCGAAACGUCGUGGGAGCAAGGAGGCGUCCUCGGUGCCAAAGUCCGCAAGGUGCCGGAGCUCCAUGCGCUGACGCUGACGCAAAAGCGGCCGGGAAACUCCCUGGAUGUUGGGGGCCAAGAUGGCGGCGACCACCACGAGCCUGACCUGUUGACGAAUGUGGGGUUUCCCGUCCCGGUCAAGGCAUAUUUACCCAAGACGCGGGAAGACUCGACGGAUUCCCAGAUCGACGACAUGCAAGCCCGACUGCGCAACAAAUCGAGCCGCAUGCUCGGGCGGUGGAUCAUUCGGUCGGCGGUCGCAAACCCCAACGCGAAAGACGACUACGUGUACAACAACCAUGAAAUUUUCUUGGAGCAAGACUGGUUUUACCUCGGGGCGGGCACCGAUCCGAUGACGAAAGCCCCCGUCGCAGUCCUCCGGGAGCUGCCCCCGCCAAAGAACCACAAACUGGGCGAGUAUAUCGUCGAGCGACGGACGGCGUGGAAGGUCCGGCUCGUGGACUCGUCCAACGGAGGUCUGGGGUUGAGCCUCGUCCAGCAGCAGAUGGAGCGGUUGCUCUUUAAAGCCAAGACGCAGCUCAAGGCGUCCGAGCGCAUGCGAGAUGGAGACGCCCGAAGCUACAGCAACGGCCUCCACGGCGGGCAAAACUUUUCGAAACAGAUUCGACAACACAUCCAAACGAUCACAGCCGCCAGCGACCAGGCGUAUAUCGGUCUCCAGCAAGACCGAGUGUGCAACUUGAAUGCGUACUUCGAGUCGAAGAUUGCCGCGAUGGGCGACGGCGUUGGCCGUGGAAAGCUGCAACUGACCCCUCUCGGUCGAGCGCGUGGCCCGCUGCGAUCGAGUGCGUCCGAGUUGACGCUGGAGAGUGGAUCGGGAGGUAGCGGAUCGGUCCUCCAAGGCUCGCGUUCGAUGGCAUCGCUGGCAGCAUCAUCGUCGUCGUCACCAUCGACCGAUUCGGGGGUGCACGUGUGCAACUUGUGCGUGUCGAAUCGAAGGUUUGAUCUGUGUACCCAUGACCACGACGUGUCGCGUUUGGUGUCGAAGGGCGAGCCGCUUCAACGUGGUCCGUCCACUGGUCCAAGCUAUUCUAGAACUGCAUCCGAUCGAUCGCUGCUGACGACGGCAGAACAAGCAGCGCGAGCGAAGCACAUCGAAGCAGCAGACAUGCGGGAACGAGACCGCAUCAUGCGACUCCUCGGAGACCAGGACGCACGGCUUUUGGGCGUGAUCAAGACGGCGGAGCACCAGACAGCCAUGGCUGCCAUUCAAAGUCGAACGCACCAUGACUUUUCCGAAGACGAUGUCCCGCAUUUCAUCAACAAAAUGUCCGUGCGACACAAGCGCCACCUACCGCCACCAUCCGACGGGCUGCCAGAUAUCGAUGAGCUGCGGCGACACCUCACCGAGGCCAAACCAAAAAGGUUGUUCGCAGACGACGACGAGCACGACGAAGGUGGCGACGAGAGAGACGAAGCAGCUAGCGACGUCGACACCAGUGGCGACGACAGAGACGAUGACCGAAACAGCGGUGCAUCCAGCGAUACAGACGACGACUUCAUCACGGAAGAUGAGAUUCAAAUGCUCGACUUUGUCAACGUCGAAAAGGCCAGUGCCCUGUACGCGAACGACGAGAAGGCGUUGCUGGAGAUGCUGAUCGGGUUUGCCGACCUCGCGUUGCAUCGAGUCGUGCCGCAGCUCAAGGAAGCACUCCAUACACACAACAAAGCGAGUUUGCUUGAGACGGCGGACUUUCUCGCGCGGGCGGCAGAGUUUGUCGUGGCACGGCGCAUCCAAGUGCACGUCAUGGGGCUUAUCCAGAGCGUGGCGACGAGCAAUGUGGACGAUUUCACUGGUAUCGAACCGAGCUUGAAUCGACUGGUGAAGGAAGUCGAAGGCACCGCGCAGUUUGUUGAGACGUUUAAGGCGAAGAAUCGUGCGCACCAACCCACCGCCGCGCCGCUUUCCAUCGAUGAACGAGGUGACGAUGGCGUCGCCGACGACACCGCCGCGAACCGAUGAAAUGAACUUCAACGUCAUUUCAAACGUGUUUCAAACGACUUGCCAUGGAUUGGCGAGUGCGCACAUGAUAGGCUGGCUGUCUUCGUCGCGUACACGUACUAUAGUAAAGCUACGUCGUGCAUGAGAAGAGAGUCGUAAUAUCAUGGGUUGGGCGCUAAGCUUUCAUC